AUGACUGAUGUCAUGUCCGAACCUAAAAAGAAAUGUAGACAGUACAGUGUUGAUUAUUUAAAGCUUGGCUUCAUUCCAUCAUUUUCGGACAAACAAUUGCCUAUGUGCCUUUUAUGCAACAAAGUUUUGUCCAAUGACUCUAUGAAACCAACUAAGCUGCAGGAUCAUCUGAAACGAUAUCACCCUGAUAAAACAGAUAUAGAUUUGAAAUACUUUCAAACACUCAAAGAUAAACUUCAGAAGAGACCCACACUGGACAGAAUGUUCGCUUCCACGUCACAAAGAAACGAUGAUGGUUUGCGGGCGUCUUACAAUAUGUCGCUACUUAUAACAAAAUCCGGAAAAUCGCAUACUAUCGGAGAGAAGUUAAUUUUGCCAGCCGUUGAAGAGGUUUUAAAAAUUGUUUUACACAAACCUGCAUCUUAUAUUAUUAAAAGAAUUCCCUUAAGCAACAAUACUGUUGAAAGACAUAUUGAUGAAAUGAGUUCUGAUAUUGAAAGCUUUUUGUGUAAUUAUUUGCAAACGACCCAUUUCUCUAUACAACUGGAAGAGUCAACUUUACCUGGUAAUGCAGCAUUAUUAUUGGCAUAUGUUCAUUUUAUUAUGAAUCAAGAAAUCCACGAAGAACUGCUCUUCGCAAGAACUUUAACAAUCGACACUAUAGGUGAAUCAAUAUUUCAUGUUUUGAAGGAUUACUUCAUUGAAAUAGCAAUCCUUUUAUCAAAUAUAAUAUCAGUAGCUACAGAUGGAGCACCUGCCAUGGUUGGACGUUAUCGUGGAUUUAUAAGCUAUUUAAAACAAAAUGUGUCAGGGGUGUUAGUAAUACAUUGCGUCAUCCAUCGACAACAUUUAGUUGCUAAAAAUUUGAAUGUUAGAUUGUAUUAAUCUCUUAAAUUAGUCAUUGAUGCAGUAAACCAAAUCCGAAGCAACGCGUUGAAUACGCGGUUAUUUGCGCAGUUGUGUGAAGAAAAUGACGAACACUUUCAUCAAUUACUCUUUCACACUGAAGUACGCUGGCUGUCGAAAGGAUUAUGUUUGACAAGAUUUUUUGCACUUUUUGAGACUAUUUUAGAAUUUCUGGAUACUAAAGAUAAAAUUUUAAAAGACUUGUUUACAAAAUUUAAUAUGGUUAAUUUGCAGUUACAAGGCGACAGCCUAAAUUUGAUUAAAACAAAUUCCAUCUUAUCAGCGUUUCUUGCCAAAGUUAAACUAAUGAAGCAAAAUAUAGGACGGGGCGAAUUUUCCCAGUUCCUCAAUUUGUCACAGACAAACUGCCAGGAAGACAACGUUUCAACCUACGUUCAACACUUAAAUGCCCUCUAUUCAGAUUUUGAAACUAGAUUUGAGGACGUUUUGACUAUGGUAAUACCACCGUGGAUAAUUAACCGAUAUGGUGACAUAGAAGAAACGAAUGUCAUAAUACAAGAGGAACUGAUUGAACUAAGCACAAACGAUUAUUAUUAA